AGCGUGCCCAGCACCACGGUGUCGACCGGAAGCACUGGCGAGGCCAGCUUGCCCUCCAGCUUGCCCUCCAGGUUCUCGCCCUCCACAGCCCAUGAGUCCAGUCAAACCACUGGUGUGCCCACCUCUCCUUGGAGCACAACAGGAGUGACCUCAACUCCCCAACUGGUCUCGUCAACCCCUCCUCCUUUGACGUCUGCCACAGAGCCGUCUUCCCGCUUGAGGGUGACGGUGCCUUCCAGUGGGAGCCCAACCACAAGCCAGGAGUACUCAUUUCCGGUUACUUCCAGCUCCCCCAGGCCUUCCCCGCAAGAGAGUCCUGAGACCCGCACGCUUCCCAUCACUUCCUCGGUCACCGCCGGCCCACAGCUGGUCUCCUCUGGCACCACGGAGUCACCCACUAUGUCUUCUCCAACUACGGAGCAGCCAAGCACAACGCGGGCCUCUUCCCCUCACCUUUCGUCCACAGGGACCACCCAUCAGGAAAGGACCUUGGAGUCCAUGAGUCGGAGCACGAGCAAAGAGACAGAAAGUAGUACGCCCAUGGUGGGAAGCAGCAUGCCCAGCAUCACGGUGUCGCCCGGAAGCACUCGUGAGGUCAGCUUGCCCUCCAGCUUCUCCCCCUCCACAGCCCAUGAGUCCAGUCAAACCACUGGUGUGCCCACCUCUCCUUGGAGCACAGCAGGAGUGACCUCAACUCCCCCACUGGUCUCGUCAACACCUCUUCCAUUGACGUCCGCCAGAGAGCCCUCUUCCCACUCGAGGGUGACGGUGCCUUCCAGUGGCAGCCCAACCACAAGCCAGGAGGCCUCACUUCCAGCAACUUCCAGCACGCCCAGGCCUUCCCCGCAAGAGAGUCCCGAACCCCCCACGCUCCCCAUCACUUCCUCGGUCACCGCCGGCCCGCAGCUGGUCUCCUCUGGAACCACGGAGUCACUGACUCCCUCUUCCCGUACCACGGAGCAG